UUACAGGUGACGUGGCGAAAAUUACCAGAAAUAAGUCCUUUAACAAUUGGUACAGACACGUGGACGGACGACUCACGAAUUCACGUUGAACACGUUGCUAAAGACAAUGAAUGGAAUCUGAUUAUUGAUGACGUAACUCGAAGCGAUUCCGGAGAGUAUGAAUGUCAAGUGAGCACA